AUGGAGUGGGCGACGGACGUGGUGAACGGCCUGGCGGCAAUAGUGGUGGUCGCUGCUGAGGCAGCAGCGUGUCAAGUUGCGGUGGAGCGUCGCUGGGAGCUGGCGUGGCUCACUGCUGGAGCAGUGUCGUGGACGGUUACGGGCCCCCUGCGAAGCAUCGGCUCACGGAUCGCCGCUGCGUUCGUCGACUUCGCCCUGAAGUGGAGCGUGCUGGCCAAGUUAUGCGUCAUGCGCUACUGCAGGUAUGUCCGUGGGCCUGCCGUGCAAAUGCAGCCGCUCCGAACUCGCGUGUGGAAGUGUUACGAGGCCCUGCUGGCCACCCCAUUUGUUGUGCUUGUGGUGUAG